AUGCUUAAUUCACGUCUACGGCCCCUCCCGCGCCACUACAAUCCCACCAACACGCCUAGUGCCCCAGCACCAGAAUUCCAAAAUCAAGACACCACCAGCGAACCCGAUGAGGAACCUGAAGAUAUCUUCGGUGCAUUCCUCCCGCACAUCUUCCCAGACGACACACCUCCCUUCCACGGCGACCCAGGCCAACACCUCCUCUACAGCUCCCCCCGCUAUGGCGACCUCAACAUCAUGGUCCCCAGCUACCCAAGCUCAAGCCAGAACCGCUCCGAGGAGAUCGCCGCAGGCCAAGCCAAGCCAGACGGCACCGUGAACAAAGUCAACGAGCAACGACAGCUCUUUGCCCAUUUCCUCUGGAGCGCAGCAAUGGUCGUUGCAGAGGGUGUCGAGGAAGCAGACACGCCAGCAGGCGAAACCGAGACAGAAGCCCAGAAAGCAAACCGGGACUUGUGGAGUGUCAAGGGCGAGAGUGUACUCGAGUUAGGAGCUGGCGCUGGUCUCCCCUCUAUAGUCUGCGCCCUGGCUGAUGCCUCGGUGGUUGCGACAACCGAUCACCCUUCCUCGCCGGCGCUCCAGGGUGCAAUCACUUUCAAUAUAGAGCACAACCUGGCCAAGCGCACGCCUGGGGUUGCGGGGAAAGUGUCGAUGCACCCGCACGAAUGGGGUGUGUUGGAUGAUUCGUUCUCGGUGGCGAAUAAGGGUGCUUUCACGCGGAUUGUCGCGGCGGAUUGUUACUGGAUGCGCGGGCAGCAUGAGAAUCUUGCGCGCACGAUGCAGUGGUUCCUUGCGCCGGGUGGGAAGGUGUGGGUUGUUGCUGGGUUCCAUACGGGGCGAGCGAUUGUUGCUGGGUUCUUUGAGACGGUUCUUGAGCAUGGGUUUGUGAUUGAGAAGAUUUACGAGAGGGAUUUGGUUGCGAAGUCGGAUGAUGGGAGUGAAAUUCGUAGGGAAUGGGCUCCGGUUAGGGAAGGGGAGGGUGUGGAGAAUCAGAAGAGGUGGUGUGUUAUUGCUGUUUUGAAGAGGCAGGGAGAGUAA